UAGCGAGUAGUGAACUAUCCGUGCACGCUCCGCGUGUAGCACAUUAGUACACCAAACUUGGAGUCUAUUCGAAUGGAGUAAGCAUGGCGGGCCGAAAUGGAAUAACUUUCUGGCUGGUUUUCACCACUUUUGGGAUUUAUAUAUGCCCGAGUUUGGCUAGAGAAGUUACACUGUACGAUAGCACAAGAUUUUCUGGCUUAGGAUGGACAACGUAUCCAGAGCCACCUGGGGACGAGACAUACACAGGGUGGGCAGAACAGGGAGAAAGCUACAGUCGUUAUUACAGUGUCUGUCAAGUCCGCAAUCCACAUGCCAGUGAUGGCUCCUGGCUACGGAUGCCAUACAUCCCCCGUCGCCUUGGCAACCGCAUCAGUGUGGAGAUUGAGUUUACCAUGAACUCUUGCACGGGCAUCGAUGAUGCCCACCAGUGCAAGGAGACGUUUGAGCUGUUCUACUACGAGGCGUCCAACAGCGACCCCGAGAACCAGCCGCCCUGGACCACGCCUCCGUACACCCGCAUCAAGCGCAUUGCGGCCGAGAUCCGCUUUUCGGAGACGGACGGGGGUGACGUUGGCGGGCCCCAGACCAACCUGGCCGUGGAGGAGUUUGCCACGACGGCGAAUGGCUUCUACCUUGCCUUCCGCGACACAGGCGCCUGUAUGGCCAUUGUGCGUGUGCGCGUCUACUACGUGGUCUGCGCCGCCAAGACGGAGAAUUUCGCCAUGUUCCCCGAGACGGUGACCGGUGCCGACCUCGUGUCACUGGUGGAGGUGGACGGGGUCUGCGUGACCCACGCCGAGCAGAUCGGCGACCUGCCCAUUGUGGCCCGCUGCCAGAUAUUCGGCAUGUGGACAGCCUUCCAGGGAAUGUGCGGCUGCUCGCCUGGAUUCGAAGCUGACAGCCAGACUUGUCGAGCGUGCAUUGUCGGGACGUACAAGGCUGGCGUGGGACCCGACCGUUGCAGCCCCUGCCCGGCCAAGAGCCACGCCGACCACAACUCCACGCGGCAGUGCACCUGUAUACCCGACUUCUUCCGUGUGCCCGAGGAAGGCCCGGAGGUCGCCUGCACCGGUCCCCCCUCUGCACCCAGAGAUGCCCAAGCCACAGUGGAUAACAAGUCCUCGGUGGUCACCUUGACCUGGCAGCCGCCGGCCGACAACGGUGGUCGGACGGACCUUCACUACUGGGUGGAGUGCCCGCUCUGCCCGCCUGACACGGAGUACUCGCCCCGCCAGCGCGACCUGCCGGGGCUGGAGGUCAACGUCAGCCGGCUGGCCUCGCAUACCACCUACGAGUUUGUCGUCUAUGCCGGGAAUGGCGUGUCGCAGCAGAGCAUCAACGGCGGCGCCAAGCCACAGGGAGUGGUGGUCAACGCAACGACAUUCUCCUCAGUUCCCUCGGCAGUCCGCGCAGUCACCGUGGACAAGGAGGCCUCCAGCGAGACCUCUGUGGCGCUGACCUGGCGGCCCCCUAUGUUCCCCAACGGCCAGAUCCUGACCUACCAGGUGCGGUACCGGACCACGGUGGAGACGGUGGACCAGAGCAAGUACCACUACCAGAAGGCGGUGGCUGGCGAGGUGCAGAGCACCGUCAUCAUGGGCCUGGAGGCCGGCAAGGACUACGUCUUUGCUAUCGCUGCUACCACUAAAGAUGGCGUAGGAGAGUACAGCACACCGAUUCAAACAACCACAGGCGGUGGGCCAAAGAGUCAGAUGUACAACACGGCCAUCAUUGCCGGAGCUGUGGCAGCCUUCUUUAUCAUCAUGGUUCUAGUGGCCAUCGUCAUAUUCCUGCUGAUUUGCUGGAGAAGGCGUUUCAUGUACAACCUUCGGCGAGAUAUGGCGGACAUUAAGUACAGUUCCAUUAGGAAAAAGGAGGUUCCACCUAUAGCCAACGGCAUGAUUUAUUCGAAUGGCCCUAAUGGAGAAGCUGUGAUCCUGCCCCACGUUGGCAAGGUCCGUACCUACAUUGACCCCUUUACCUACGAGGAUCCUGUCCAAGCUGUGCGGGAGUUCGCAACAGAGAUCGACGCGAGCUGCAUCCGCAUUUUGGACGUCAUUGGCGGAGGCGAAUUCGGCGAUGUCUGCUCGGGCCUGAUGCUGAUGCCAGACAAGUCCACCCGCAAGGUGGCUGUCAAGACCCUCAAGACGGGCGCCUCGGACAAGGACCGGGCUGACUUCCUGUCGGAGGCCUCCAUCAUGGGCCAGUUUGACGACCCCAACGUCAUCGAGCUGCUGGGGGUGGUGACCCGCACCCGGCCGGCCAUGAUCGUCACCGAGUACAUGGAGAACCGCUCCCUGGACACCUUCCUGAAGGAGAACGACGGCAAAUUCUCCGUACCCCAGCUGAUCAGCAUGAUGCGCGGCAUCGCCUCGGGCAUGCGCUACCUCUCGGAGAUGAACUUUGUCCACCGUGACCUGGCUGCCCGAAACAUCCUGGUCAGUAGCACGCUGGUCUGCAAGGUGGCCGACUUCGGCCUCUCGCGGAGGAAGCAUGAAGGCGCCUACGAAACCAAGGGAGGUAAGAUCCCCAUCCGAUGGACGGCCCCGGAAGCCAUCGCUUUCAAGAAGUUCACCUCGGCCAGCGACGUCUGGAGCUACGGUGUGGUCAUGUGGGAGAUCAUGUCCUACGGAGAGCGACCCUACUGGAAUUGGCCCAACCAAGAUGUGAUCCGUGCCGUUGACAAGGGCUACCGUCUGCCUCCCCCCAUGGACUGUCCCGAGGCGCUUCACCAGCUCAUGCUGGACUGUUGGCAGAAGGACCGCAACCAUCGCCCCACCUUCUCCACCAUCGUCUCCACCCUGGACCGCCUGACCAGGAACCCCCAUGCCCUGCGGCCGUUGGCCAAGGCCGAGGUCAACCAGAUAAACAACAGCGCCACUGAUGUCAGCCAGCUCCGCUCUGUCACGGACUGGCUGGAGAGCAUCAAGAUGGGCCGCUACAAGGACACCUUCUCCCAGGCUGGCUACGUGCGGCUGGAGGACAUCGCCCGCAUCUCCCAGGGCGACCUGCCCCGCCUGGGCGUCAACCUGGUUGGCCACCAGAAGAAAAUCAUGAAGAGCAUCCAGGCCAUCCGCUCCCACCUGGAGCAGUCGGAGGAGACGCUAGUAUAGAGUCUGGAGGAGAGACUAAGCCACCUUUGUAGAUAUCUUUAGGUUUUUUCUGCCGGUGUGAGAGACUAGUGUCAUUUGCAGCCUUGUAUUUUUUUUUUCUGGCUGCCAAAAAUGGGUUGAGGCUGUAAGCUUGUUUUUGUAAACUUUGGAAAAAAACUGUUGAAUAAUGUCACGGCUCGCUGUAAUUUAAAAAGACAGGUACCUAACAAAAGGAGCCCUCAUCUAUGUACAUUGCAAAAUUUUCACUACGGCAAGGAUGUCCAAGCUAGAUAUAACGUCUGAAGUUCAACCACGUAGCUUUCAAUGAGAACACAAGACGUCACAAGGAAUCUUUGCAGUGUAACAAACUGUGUGAGAGAUGUUACUUAUCCGGUGGCCAUUCAGUGAGUGACUUGCUCCAGGACAGAAAAAUUAUUCAGUGAACAGACACUGCUUGAGGCCAACCUGGCCAGUGGCCGGUGACAAGUGGCCCAUGGCCUUUGCUCAGUGGGUUGUGACCAGUACCUGGAUAUGCAACAGCUCUGCUGUUGAACCUGUGACCUACAGGCCAUGCCGAGGACAGUUUCCCACUGAUUGGGGUUUCAGUGAAUCAUCGGUAGACGGUACAACCUACUGGCGAGCUGGCCCCACCAGAAAGUCUUGUGUUAAUGGUGAUGGCAGACUGCAUGGCUUGAAGCCAAUCUGACAAGACAGCUGGCUACCUCAGUAGCCUACAACGUUGAUAUUGGCCUUAAUGACUGCAACAAUCCACAGUCCAGCCUUCUUCCCGGUCAGACUAUCAGAAAACAGACUAGAUGACCCUGGCUGGCGGGAUUGAGACCGUCAGCUCAGAAUCACCGACGUUCAACGCUCCCUACAAAUAGCUGCGCAUCUCCAAAACUUCUUUUUUGAGUCUUGAGGCCAACUUACCAGCCACUUUACUGGCCAGCAUGAUACCCAGACAGCCUCACCGCUUGAUCCAUCAAACCCUAGAAACGGCUGAGCCACAGUUGUUCCUCACAGACAGACUUGCAGAGUGCCUGCUGCAGCAGGCGAAAUCUUGCGUGGAAAUUAGCCACCAAGUUACCGGCUGGAACUGUGACAAGUGGCCAGUCCACUGGCCAGUGACCAGGAGGUUGGUGCGCGCCCGUCAACUGUGGUGCUUUUGCAUGCACAGAAGGAGUGGGACAGUCACAGGCCUAGUGUUAGCUUAUACAUUGCCCGAGUAGUGUAGCAGUCUUUGCACCCAAAAAUACCCGCCUUCUUGUGACGAGUCAAGGUUCUAGACUGAUGGCUGCUAUCCUUCUGAACCCUGUCAAAGUGUUGGCGGUGUAAGUAGCGUCACUGAUACACAGGCCACAAUUGUUUCUGGCCGUCAGCAUGUUUUGAAAUUAAAGUGCAUGCUAGUUAACACCUGGAUGAAAACUAUUGCCAAAUGUCACAUUGAGUUUGGCUGUAUAUCUGUAAAAAACAACAAAAUUAAAAAACAGAAAUUGCUGAAUCACAAAAACUUAUUUUCUUCUGUGUCAAAAAGAGAGAAGGGGUAAAGCCACAAACGGUAAUGACAAAAACAUAUUUUUUUGAAUCUUGAAAAUGUCACAAGUGACUGAGUAAAGUUCCAUGUUCACUGAAGAAACGCCAUUUUGUGAUGACUGGAGAUAAAUAUUUUUGGGGAAUCGUUUAACUUAUAAAAGGAAGAAAAAACUCAGCUGAACGACAAGAAUGUAUAAUUCGUUUUCAAUUUUAGUUCUGUUAGCAUUUUUAAGUAUUGCUCAUGUAAAUAAAAGUUUGAGGCACUGUGUCCAGGGUAUGUAAGGAAGUGUAUGCACUUUGAAAACAUUUGUUACAGCCAGAAAUGGGAAAAUGUUUACCGCCGUCUUGUUUUUUAAUGACGGAAAUGGCAAAUCCAGGUGAUAGGUUGAUGGGGUAAUGUUCCUCCGAACUGCCCCUGUAUCCAGCAAAUUUAGCUGAAGUGAGAAAACGUCAGGUCUUUUUUUGGCAAAUCAGUAUAUUUGAGGAGGUGGUCACUUCAUAUUUUCCCAAGGACUUGUCUCUGCCCAUUGCUAUUUUAUAAAAAAAGAAGAAAAAAAAGAAAGAAUUAAAAAAAAAGUAAAAUUGCCCAAAAAAAUCAUCAAAAAAGAAAUAUCUGAUUUGAAGGUACUAGCAGACAAUCAUUCUGUAACAUAGACAAUCAAAUUAUAUCAUUUUAUUGUUUAAUUUCAAUGGUGGUGGGAGAACAGUUAAGUUGCAUAGAAAAAUUAUCAGUUUUGAAUCUCAAGUUUUUCAGUAAAUUUGGGUCCGCUUUCAUAAUUGGUGCGUUCUGUCAUAUUGUACAUGUUUAUGUAACCCUCACAAGAUAUAUAAUCAGAACGUGUGUGAUUUCAUCUGUUGAGACAAUCGUGUUUUGUACCGACAAAAAAGUUUUGUCUUUAUAACCAUCUUGAUUUUUUUUUUGCCAAGCAGUUAAAUACUACCAUAACCUCAAGACCAGAUUAUGGGAUGUGUGGUCUUUUUGGUGUUUGAGUUUUUUCCGUGAUUUCAAGCACAUAAUGCAACUGGUUCAAUUUUCAUUGAGGUUUGUCUGGAGGGGGAAAAAAAAAACAAGUUGGAGAUGAUUGCAGGAAAAAAAUGUGAGCUCCAAAAGUGAAAAAAAGGUUUUUUUUAAGUCCUUGAUUCUACUCUGAACAGUACUUUGUUUUGCAGUAAUUGGCACUGUGCCAAUAAUUGUUUUUGCAUUUUUGAAAAAAAAUAAUUUGUUAGACUUUGAAGUAUGCCAUGUCUUCUUGAUUUGAAAUGAAAAGAAAAUUGAAAUAAGAUCCGAUUUUUACAGCUAGACUCUUAGAUAAUUUUUUACUCCUUUCGUUUUUAAUCUCUACAAGCCUAACUGAUUCCGUUUUUUUAAAAAUAAGCUCUUCUCAUGAACUUUAUUUUUAAGUUAAGUUGCCCGACCAAAGUCCCUCCAAAAGUGGAGUAUAUUUUGUACAUAACUGAAUACACCGUACUUUUCAACAAGUGGUUAUAAUUAGCCUUGAUUUAUUCAUCCUAAAUUCAGUCUUUUUUGUUGUUAAACCUCUUGAUAAAUAAUUAACUCAGUUUAACAACUGCUUCUCUGCUAGCCUAACCUAGAGUUAGAUUUUAGAAAAUGUUUUGAGUUGACUGGUUUUAAAAGAAAACUGACUAUCCUCUGACCUGUCUGAAUUGUUUCAUAACAUGCCGAGUUGUUUCUGUAAGUCAUGGGCGACUGCAGGGUGUUGAAAGACAAAUUCUCGUCAUGUUUGGCCAAACCGCUUAGCAACUAAUUCGAUAUGCUUGUGUGAAGUCCUACCACCUGUUUUACUCUGCCCGUGUCUGGCAUUUUUAGAGUAUGUUUGUCCACGCUUGUGUAUCGUCCGAGCUUGGAGAUGUAAUUGGGUUGUAUCGUGGGAUCAUUGCUGACAUAAAUGACAGGUUCAAAGGGGUUGGAAGUUUGUAUUAAUUGUAACGUGUUACUCAGUUGCAUCAGAUGAACUGUACAAUGGUUUCUGUAAAGAAUUAAGAUUUGUAAAUAAUAUAUUAACCACUUGUGUUUUUCACUAAAACAAAAGCUCUGUAAUUACGUCAUGAGAUCUGCUGACUUUUGAGGUCUUUGUUAAGCUGUUGGAUUUUUCUGGUUGUUAAUGGGAUAUAAACAUUACUGCUCAGAUUAACAUUGGUGUGUUGGAGAUUUAACCUUUGUUGACGUAUUUAUUAUGUGCCUAAAUAUUUGUUGGCAAAGAAAAAAAGAAAAACAAAUUGAAAAUUAUUGAGAGCAUGUUUUGUGAUGUAAAUAUCGGCAGAAGUGCAUUCCAGAAACAGGAAGGGGGAAGGUAGAAACGUCUCGCUGCUUGUGAUUUGAAACAAAAGAAUAGCUGUAAAUUUGCCCACCAGCGUUUAAAAAAAAAAAGGUGUUCGGUAGCAAAUUUGUGUAUGUUUUUCAGUUGUAUGUUAACUAAUUGUCUGUGAAGAGCGCCAUCUAUUGGUGUAUGAAGGCCACUCGAAUCCAGAGAUAUACUCUGUUAAUACUUUUUUGUUUAAUUCCAGUACAUCAUUGUAACUUUCUGUCUUUCAGAAGAGUGAGUGGUCACAAUUUUUAGGGGAAAGCCAGUUUGAAAAUAAUUGAUUCCCAACCUUUAUGCGUAGUGUGACCUGAUAGUGGGAAAAAUGAAGAGAGACAGAACCUUAAUAUAGUUACGUUACUUUUUGGUUUGUCCCCCGAAAUUCACCUGACACCCGUCUCGUUUAGAUUCUUAAAUGGUUGAAAAUUCUCACCAUUACUAAGUGCACAAUGGAUCCAUUAUUGCUGUUGUAAUUCGCUGUGUCUCAGCUGUUGUGAGCAGUACUAUUGCGAUCUCAGUACUUGAAUAAUGUCCUGUGUGGAAUUCCCAACAGGAGUGCAUGUAAAAAAAAAAAGCAAAGCUUGUGUUGAGGAUCGAUGAUAUCCCAAAUUUGCCCUGAACUUUUCUGCGGUGCCAUUUUUGUAAUGCCACAGUCCAUUGCAUUUGAUCGUCGAGAUCAAUUUGUGUCUUGGCACCUUGGUCAAAAUCUAAGAAGAUACGUCUUGAAAAUCUUUACAGUAACUGUGAUUAGACUACAAAUUGUACCUCAAUGCCACAUACCAUUGACGAUGAGUUUAGCAAAAUUAAACUAUGAUAUGAGAGUUAAUGUAUUUGUAGGUAUUUUGCUCAGCUGAGUUGAAUCCAUUCUCUUUCCGCAUGUCAUAUCCAGAAAUGUGAGUAUUGAAAUAAUAAUAUUGAUUGGUUUUGGGGGUUAUUUCAGUUUGUUUUGUUUUAUAGGUUUGUAUUUUUGUCAACGCGCGGGUCCCUUGCAUGAGGGAAGUGCUCUUCAGGCAUUUUGUAAUGUACUGCGUUGGAAGCUAGUUCCACCUCUCUGUAGAGUUUUCCUCCUGAGCUAACUGCAAUUGGAAAAUGUAUGCAAAUAAAAUUUUCGUAAUGAAAAUGAAA